UUCAUGCGCGUGAAGAACAGACCGCAAGUUACCUCACAAACAAGCGUGUUUUGUGUUGACACACUUUAUUGAAAUAUUGUUGUUUAGAAAGAUUAAACAGACACACAAUUUAUCAUGGAUGUGGGCGAGCUGUUGAAUUAUCAGCCUGACAGAGGCGCAAAGAGAUCCCGAGACGAGGACAGCAAAGAGGAGUCCAGAACCAAACAGAAGGGGUCGGGUCGGGACGCCGGACGCCUUACAGCCAAGGCUGAAUUGGACAGUGAGGAGCAGAGAGGAGGAGAGGGGGAGAAGAUUCUGGAAAACCUGAUGGAUCAGGAUGGAGAAGAUCCCGAGGCGGAGCCGGUGGAUGAGGGCACCGUGAAGAAAAUGAUCUUGACCUUUGAGAAGAGAUCGUACAAAAACCAGGAGCUGAGGAUCAAGUUUCCAGACAACCCCGAGAAGUUCAUGGAGGCGGAGCUCGACCUGAAUGACAUCAUCCAGGAGAUGCACGUCGUCGCCACGAUUCCAGAGCUGUACCAUCUGCUGGUGGAGCUGAACGCGGUUCAAUCUCUGCUGGGUCUCCUCAGUCAUGACAACACUGAUAUCAGCAUUGCCGUGGUGGAUCUCCUGCAGGAACUGACAGACAUCGACACACUUCACGAGAGCGAGGAGGGAGCAGAGGUGCUCAUCGAUGCUCUGUUGGAGGGUCAGGUCGUAGCUCUCAUGGUGCAGAAUAUGGAACGUCUGGAUGAGACGGUGAAGGAGGAGGCUGAUGGAGUUUACAACUCUUUAGCGGUGAUCGAGAACAUGGCCGAGUUUCGGCCCGGUCUGUGCACAGAAGCGGCCCAGCAGGGUUUAAUGCAGUGGCUGUUAAAGAGAAUCAAGGCGAAGAUGCCUUUUGAUGCCAAUAAGCUGUACUGCAGUGAAAUACUGGCCAUCCUACUGCAAAACAACGACAAAACCAGGGAGCUGUUGGGAGAAAUAGAUGGCAUUGACGUUCUACUGCAGCAGCUUUCAGUGUUUAAACGUCACAAUCCGGCCACAGCGGAAGAACAGGAAAUGAUGGAGAACUUGUUUGAUGCCCUCUGUUCCUGUCUCAUGCUUCCAGCCAAUCGUGAUCGUUUCCUGAGGGGGGAGGGGCUUCAGCUUAUGAACCUCAUGCUCAGGGAGAAGAAGAUGUCUCGGGUCAGUGCACUGAAGGUUCUGGACUACGCCAUGAUCGGUCCAGAGGGUUCUGAUAACUGUCACAAGUUUGUGGACAUCCUGGGUCUCAGAACCAUAUUCCCUCUGUUUAUGAAAACACCCAAGAAGAUGAAGAAAGUCGGAAUAUCAGACAAGGAGCAUGAAGAGCAUGUUUGUUCCAUCAUCGCCUCCAUGUUGAGGAACCUCAAAGGGCAGCAGAGAAGUCGUCUUCUGAGCAAGUUCACAGAGAACGACUGCGAGAAGGUCGACAGACUGAUGGAGCUGCAUUUUAAGUACCUGGAAGCUGUGCAGCUCGCAGACAAGAGGAUCGAAGGGGAGAAACACGAUAUGGUGCGUCGGGGUGAGAUUAUCGAUGACAGUAUGGAUGAUGAGUUUUAUCUCCGCAGGCUGGACGCCGGACUCUUCGUUCUUCAGCUCAUCUGUUACAUCAUGGUGGAGAUCUGCAGCGCUGGCGUUCCUCAGUUACAGCAGAGGAUUCAUCAGAUUCUUAAUCUCAGAGGAGGAUCUGUCAAAGUUGUCCGUCAUAUCAUGAGAGAAUAUGCAGAAAGCAUUGGUGACGGCAAGAGUGAAGAAUUUAAAGAAAGCGAGCAGAAGAGGAUUAUGGAACUGCUUGAGAACUUCUGAACGUCCACCGCCGUGUCCUCUGUAAAUAGAGUUUGUGUUUUAGUUGAUGUCUAGGUGAUGCUUCAUCGACAUCUUUCUGUGUGUGAACUUCAGAUCCUGUCCUAAACUCUUCUGUUUGCAAAAACAGAGACUGAAAUAUGAACAUUUGUGGGGUUGAUGAUUUCCCAACAGCUUUAGAAUGGACUCUAUAUUGUAUCUGCGGGAAAAAAGAUUUUUGUGUACAAUUUAGAUUUUGUUUUUGAUACAAAUUAUCAAAUAAAUUGGGAUUAAAAUGUUUGCUUUUA